AUGCACAAAUUCUAAUGUUCAGCUUCAAGCAAUAAAAAUCUUAUAAUGGAAGAAUGUUUUAAAGGUAUUCAAUAAGAAAUGGAGGUAAAUAAUUUUUAUUUAAGUCAUUUAGUUGUCUUUCAAUAGAAUCGAUGAUUUCCUUGAUUAGAUAGUUGUUGAUAAUGAAAGGUCAUUGAAUUAAAAGAAGCUAAAGUGUUAAAAGUUGAGAGUUGUUGAAUAGAAUGAAUCAUUACAUAGAUUGUAAUUAUUACAUAUCGAUAAUUCAUAAUUUGUUAAUUAAUUGACUAAUUAAGUAACAUCUUCAAUAAAAAAUUCGAUUGAUAAUUAAAUAAAGGUUUAAAGUAUUGAGUAUUAAUAAUUAUACGAAAGCUUUUAAAAAUAGAAGAUUCAAAAACAGCAAUUAAAUGAGACGAUAAAAAUCAAAGAUUAACAAUUAUAAUCUCAUUAAUUAUAAAUUGAAUAACUUAAGUAAACAUAAGCAAAAGAAUUAAUUGUUCAACAAUCUCCUUAAUAAAUAUAAAACUAAUUCUAAUACGAAUAACUCCAAAAUUCAAUCAAAUAACAAGAACCUUGCGUUGCAAUAGCUACUAAUAGUGAUUGUUCAAUUGUAGUAGCUGGAUGCAAAACUGAAAUUAAAGUAUUUGAAUUUAAAUAAGAUAUAUUGACACAGGCUCAACUUUUAAG